GAAGUCUCAAUGGUGGGAGAGGCGGGACCAGACCUACAGACGCCGAAGCUGGGCGGGCGCCGCAAAGGCCGGAAAGAUGGCGGUCCUGGCACCUUUAAUUGCUCUGGUGUAUUCGGUGCCACGGCUUUCACGAUGGCUGGCCCGACCUUACUAUCUUUUGUCAGCCCUGCUUUCUGUUGCAUUCCUACUCGUGAGGAAGCUACCCCCUCUCUGCAACAGUCUCCCCACGCAACGCGAAGACGGCAACCCGUGUGACUUUGACUGGAGAGAAGUGGAGAUCCUGAUGUUCCUCAGUGCCAUUGUGAUGAUGAAGAACCGCAGAUCCAUACCACAGGAAGAGUGACAAAACAGGAUAUAGGAGUAUGCUGCCCAGCCUGACCUGUGACAUCUUUGUGUUUCAGUCACUGUGGAGCAACAUAUAGGCAACAUCUUCAUGUUUAGUAAAGUGGCCAAUGCAAUUCUUUUCUUCCGUCUGGAUAUUCGCAUGGGCCUGCUUUACAUCACACUCUGCAUAGUGUUCCUGAUGACGUGCAAACCUCCCCUGUAUAUGGGCCCUGAGUACAUUAAGUACUUCAAUGAUAAAACCAUUGAUGAAGAGCUAGAGCGGGACAAGAGGGUCACUUGGAUUGUGGAGUUCUUUGCCAAUUGGUCUAAUGACUGCCAGUCGUUUGCUCCUAUCUAUGCUGACCUCUCCCUCAAGUACAACUGUACAGGGCUAAAUUUUGGGAAGGUGGAUGUUGGACGCUACACUGAUGUUAGUACACGGUACAAAGUGAGCACGUCGCCCCUCACCAAGCAGCUCCCUACCCUGAUCCUAUUCCAAGGUGGCAAGGAGGUCAUGCGGCGGCCACAGAUUGACAAGAAAGGACGAGCUGUCUCUUGGACCUUCUCUGAGGAGAAUGUGAUCCGAGAAUUCAAUUUGAAUGAACUGUAUCAACGGGCCAAGAAGCUAUCAAAGGCUGGAGAUAAUACCCCUGAAGAGCAGCCCGCGGCCUCAACCCCCACAGAAGUGCCAGAUGGGGAAAGCAAGAAGGACAAAUAGAAUCCCUGCCUUGUCAGUACUUCCUCACCUUUGAGACGCUGCCCCUCCUGUAACCACAAGCCUUGCGUGAGGCCUGGGCCUUUUAUUUAUGUUUUCUCCUUUGGCUAUCCCUGAGUGGGGCAGGGGGCUGCUUCGGAUUUUAAAGAGGCUUCCAGGGAAUUGACAGGCAUCCUCCAGGACGGCCUCCACUGCUGUGGCCAACUUUCACUGGAAGAAGGGAGAAAUCCACCAUGGAUGAGGAAAUGCUUUCCCUCCAAGCUUGGGUCAGUUAUCAGUUACUGUCCACCACUCACCUGUCUCCACCAUGCUGUGUUUUCAUCCCUCCUCUUAGUGGACCUACACAGUCUGCUUAGAUUAUAUUCAGCCUAACAGAAGAUGCCUGUGUAUGGAGUCUGCGCUAGGAUUUUUCCCUCAAGGACCCUUGCUUAUUUAGGCACUUCUGGCUUGGCCUGUGGCCUUCUUUAAAAAGUAUAAGGCUAAUUUUGCCACUGGUCCCAAGGAGACACCUUUAACCACUGAGUGUACUCAUUGAAGAUAAUAUUGAAUAAUCCCCCUAUUUUUUGGAGUUUGGGAGGAAGGGGAAUAGGUUUGAGACAUUCCUUUGUGUGGUGGGGCCUCCCGGAGAAAGCCCUGGGGCAGGAAUGGGGUUUCACUUACUCUCCUACCUACUCCCAACACCCAGUUGAUGGUUUUCCAUAAUAAAGAAACUGGGAUUUCCUUUUG